AUGGAAGCACCACAAGCACAGGAGGAUGUGCAAUGCAAAGACAAUUUGCUUAUACAUAGCAUUGUUACAACACCAACAACAUGGAAACAAGACAUUACACGUGAAAUGUUCAACAAAGAAAGUGUCAAGGAAUUCAAAUUGAGGAUGAUUUAUUAUGCUCCGGCCAAUUAUCUAAUACUGCCGGUGGUACCUGAUGAAGGAUCUGAGAGUAAGAGUCAAGAAGCAGGAACUUGUUUGUUUGAUUCUGUAGCAAGAAGAAUUGGCGUAUCGGGAGGAGGAGGUUCAAGAAUAAAGCAGUUGUAUUUAGGCGAAGAAACAACUAGUAUGUCUUCUCUCAAGGCACCUUUGCUUCCUAAUUACUUUUUUUUUUUUUAA